AUGCCUCUGAUCAGAACACAGUCCACUUCCACCUCUGCAACAUCGCUUGUAACACACCGUGGACCAUGGGAUUCUCAUUCGCGACAAUAUCAAAGUCUGAGAUUCUUUGAGCGAUAUAUUGACACGCUAGAUGCAAGCAGACUGAAAAGCACACCCUGUACCACGUUCUUCUCUCCCAACGCCGUUUUCCAUGAUACCAAAGGCGAUGUCUACCUCUCAGGCUCGCAUAUCUGGGAGUGGAUGAAGCGAUUGUUCCCACCUUUCGAUUCGGUCACACAUGAGAUUGUGGAAGUGAGAGUGAUACCGGAAGCUGAGGGCCAUGUUGUUGUGUAUGGAGAGCUGGUGAGGCAUUUUAGGUUGAAGGGGGAUAGGACGGAUAUUGUGUCUCCGAUGUUCUGUGUUAUUACGAUCGGACCAGCUGAGGGCGAGGGAGGGAUUGAUGGUAUGCAAAUCCAUGAAGCGAGUGUCUUUUGGGAUAUGGGUAUUCUCUCUCGGUAUACGAAAGGCAAGGAGGAAGGACAUAAGCGGUGCCAUUGA